UUUACUGAAACCUAUCCGCAGAUUAUUUACUAAGGAAUUAUGCGAUCUCACUCACUCUCGCGAGAUCACAUUAGCAAACAUGGCGGCCGCAAUGGACGUAGACACCCCUGGUGGAGCUAACAGUGGAGCCAGUAAAAAGCGUUUUGAAGUGAAAAAGUGGAACGCUGUGGCUCUGUGGGCUUGGGACAUUGUGGUGGACAACUGUGCCAUUUGUAGAAAUCACAUUAUGGACCUCUGUAUAGAGUGUCAGGCUAAUCAGGCGUCAGCUACAUCAGAGGAGUGCACAGUGGCCUGGGGAGUCUGUAAUCAUGCGUUUCAUUUCCACUGCAUCUCUCGCUGGCUGAAGACCAGACAGGUGUGUCCUCUGGACAACAGAGAGUGGGAGUUCCAGAAGUACGGCCAUUAGCAGCAACUGUACAGCUCAGUGCCUGUGCUUCAGAUCUAGGAUUUUCUUGCCUGAGAUGCAUUUUUGUUGUCACCAUUCUCUCCCUGUUAAAGACCAAAUGGUCCAAAUUGAAAUUGUUACUAGUUAUGUUUUUUUAUUUUAUUUUGAGUUAUGUGCAACAUUCUGAGCUGUAAGUUACUAAUAAAGUCUCUCUAAAUUCA